GAGCUCGCUCACUCGCGCCGGGCGCAAUCUAGGGGGCGCGCACGCCGGGCGGCGGCAGCGGCGGCGGCGGCGACGCGGAGCCGCGCGCGCAGCGUGCGCGGUGACGUCAGUGCGCUGGUGGCGGCGGCGGCAGGGCUGUUUGUUCUGCUCUCCCGCAGCAGAGUAGCCGAAGCGGUGGCGGCGGCGGCUGCCGGCGGUGCCCGCGGGUAAACGGGGCCUGUUAGCGCGGCGGAGCGGUGGGCGCGGCGGGCGGGCCCCGGCGCCACACAGCAGCCCAAGAAGGAGGCAGCAGCGGCGUGCGGCCGGCGGGGGCGGCGUGCGGCCUAACGUCUCAGAGUGCCCGGUGAAGAAUGUGAUGGGAUCAGUAGAAUGUCUGCGGAGAGCGGCCCUGGGACAAGAUUGAGAAAUCUGCCCGUAAUGGGGGAUGGACUAGAAACUACCCAAAUGUCUACAACGCAGGCCCAGGCCCAACCCCAGCAAGCCAACGCAGCCAGCACCAAUCCCCCACCCCCGGAGACCUCAAAUCCCAACAAGCCCAAGAGGCAGACCAACCAACUGCAAUAUCUGCUCAAAGUGGUGCUCAAGACACUAUGGAAACACCAGUUUGCAUGGCCUUUCCAGCAGCCUGUGGAUGCCGUCAAGCUAAACCUCCCUGAUUACUAUAAGAUCAUUAAAACACCUAUGGAUAUGGGAACAAUAAAGAAGCGCUUGGAAAACAACUAUUACUGGAAUGCUCAGGAAUGUAUCCAGGACUUCAACACUAUGUUUACAAAUUGUUACAUCUACAACAAGCCUGGAGAUGACAUAGUCUUAAUGGCAGAAGCUCUGGAGAAGCUCUUCUUGCAAAAAAUCAACGAACUGCCCACAGAAGAAACGGAGAUCAUUAUAGUCCAAGCAAAAGGAAGAGGACGUGGGAGGAAAGAAGCAGGGACAGCAAAACCUGGUGUCUCUACGGUACCAAACACAACACAAGCAUCGACUCCUCCACAGACCCAGACCUCUCAGCAGAACCCACCGCCUGUGCAGACCACACCUCACCCCUUUCCCACCGUCACCCCAGACCUCAUCGUCCAGACCUCCGUCGUGACAGUGGUGCCUCCCCAGCCACUGCAGACACCCCCGCCGGUGCCUCCCCAGCCACCGCCGCCACCCACGCCAGCCCCCCAACCCGUGCAGAGCCACCCUCCCAUCAUUGCAGCCACCCCACAGCCUGUGAAGACAAAGAAGGGUGUUAAGAGGAAAGCGGAUACCACCACCCCCACCACCAUCGACCCCAUUCACGAGCCACCCUCGCUGCCCCCAGAGCCCAAGACCACCAAGCUGGGCCCCCGGCGGGAGAGCAGCCGGCCUGUGAAGCCCCCAAAGAAGGAUGCACCUGACUCGCAGCAGCACCCGGCGCCAGACAAGAGCAGCAAGGUCUCAGAGCAGCUCAAGUGCUGCAGCGGCAUCCUCAAGGAGAUGUUUGCCAAGAAGCACGCAGCCUAUGCCUGGCCCUUCUAUAAGCCCGUGGAUGUGGAGGCGCUGGGCCUGCACGACUACUGUGACAUCAUCAAGCACCCCAUGGACAUGAGCACAAUCAAGUCUAAACUGGAGGCUCGUGAGUACCGUGAUGCUCAGGAAUUUGGUGCUGAUGUCCGGUUGAUGUUCUCCAACUGCUACAAGUACAACCCUCCUGAUCAUGAGGUGGUGGCCAUGGCCCGCAAGCUCCAGGAUGUAUUCGAGAUGCGCUUUGCCAAGAUGCCAGAUGAGCCUGAGGAGCCUGUGGUGCCUGUGUCCUCCCCUGCGGUGCCACCCCCCACCAAGGUUGUGGCCCCGCCCUCAUCCAGUGACAGCAGCAGCGAUAGCUCCUCGGACAGUGACAGCUCAACUGAUGACUCUGAGGAGGAGCGAGCCCAGCGGCUGGCGGAGCUCCAGGAGCAGCUCAAAGCCGUGCACGAGCAGCUUGCAGCCCUCUCGCAGCCCCAGCAGAACAAACCAAAGAAAAAAGAGAAAGACAAGAAGGAGAAGAAAAAAGAAAAGCACAAAAAGAAAGAGGAAGUAGAAGAGAAUAAGAAAAGCAAAGCCAAGGAACUUCCUCCCAAAAAGACCAAGAAAAACAACAGCAGCAACAGCAACACAAGCAAGAAGGAGCCGGCACCCAUGAAAAGCAAGCCCCCUCCAGCGUAUGAGUCAGAGGAGGAGGACAAGUGCAAACCUAUGUCAUACGAGGAGAAGCGCCAGCUCAGCCUGGACAUCAACAAGCUCCCAGGAGAGAAGCUGGGCCGAGUGGUGCACAUCAUCCAGUCACGGGAGCCCUCGCUCAAGAACUCCAACCCCGAUGAGAUUGAGAUUGACUUCGAGACCCUGAAGCCAUCCACCCUGAGAGAACUGGAGCGCUACGUCACCUCCUGUUUGCGGAAGAAACGAAAACCUCAAGCUGAGAAAGUGGAUGUGAUUGCUGGCUCCUCGAAGAUGAAGGGCUUCUCAUCCUCAGAGUCAGAGAGCACCAGUGAGUCCAGCUCCUCUGACAGCGAAGACUCCGAAACAGAGAUGGCUCCGAAGUCAAAAAAGAAGGGGCACCCUGGGAGGGAGCAGAAAAAGCACCAUCAUCACCACCAUCAGCAGCUGCAGCAGGCCCCAGGCCCUGGGCCCCAGCAGCCCCCACCACCUCCCCAGCAGCCUCCACCACCCCCACCUCCCCAGCAGCAGCCGCCGCCCCCACCACCCCCACCUUCCAUGCCGCAGCAGGCUGCUCCUGCAAUGAAGUCGUCGCCCCCACCCUUCAUCGCUGCCCAGGUCCCUGUCCUGGAGCCCCAGCUCCCAGGCAGCGUCUUUGACCCCAUUGGCCACUUCACCCAACCCAUCCUGCACCUGCCGCAGCCCGAGCUGCCCCCUCACCUGCCCCAGCCGCCCGAGCACAGCACUCCACCUCAUCUCAACCAGCACUCGGUGGUCUCUCCUCCAGCUUUGCACAACGCUCUGCCCCAGCAGCCAUCGCGGCCGAGCAACCGAGCUGCUGCCCUGCCCCCCAAGCCUGCCCGACCCCCGGCAGUGUCACCCGCCCUGGCCCAGCCCCCCCUGCUCCCACAGCCCCCCAUGGCCCAGCCACCCCAAGUGCUGCUGCAGGAGGACGAAGAACCACCCGCCCCGCCCCUCACCUCCAUGCAGAUGCAGCUCUACCUGCAACAGCUGCAGAAGGUGCAGCCCCCCACACCUCUACUUCCUUCCGUGAAGGUGCAGUCCCAGCCUCCUCCCCCCCUGCCACCUCCACCCCACCCCUCCGUGCAGCAGCAGCUACAGCAGCCUCGACAGCAGCCACCCCCGCCCCAGCCUGCGAAGCCUCAGCAAGUCAUCCAGCACCACCCUUCACCCCGGCAUCACAAGUCGGACCCCUACUCAACUGGUCACCUCCGUGAAGCCCCCUCCCCGCUUAUGAUACAUUCCCCCCAGAUGCCACAGUUCCAGAGCCUGACCCACCAAUCGCCGCCCCAGCAAAGUGUCCAGCCGAAGAAGCAGGAGCUGCGUGCAGCCUCCGUGGUCCAGUCCCAGCCCCAGCCCCUGGUGGUGGUGAAGGAGGAAAAGAUCCACUCGCCCAUCAUCCGCAGCGAGCCCUUCAGUCCCUCGCUGCGGCCGGAGCCCCCCAAGCACCCUGAGAGCAUCAAGGCCCCCGUCCACCUGCCCCAGCGGCCUGAGAUGAAGCCCGUGGAUGUCGGGAGGCCUGUGAUCCGGCCCCCUGAGCAGAACGCACCCCCACCAGGGGCCCCGGACAAGGAUAAACAAAAACAGGAGCCGAAGACGCCAGUUGCACCUAAAAAAGACCUCAAAAUCAAGAAUAUGGGCUCCUGGGCUAGCCUGGUGCAGAAGCACCCCACCACCCCAUCCUCCACAGCCAAGUCUUCGAGCGACAGCUUCGAGCAGUUCCGCCGCGCAGCCCGGGAGAAGGAGGAACGCGAGAAGGCCCUGAAGGCGCAGGCCGAGCACGCGGAGAAGGAGAAGGAGCGGCUGCGGCAGGAGCGCAUGAGGAGCCGCGAGGAUGAGGACGCGCUAGAACAGGCCCGGCGAGCCCACGAGGAGGCACGCCGGCGCCAAGAGCAGCAGCAGCAGCAGCAGCAGCAGCAGCAGCAGCAGCAGGCAGCCGCCGUGGCCGCUGCUGCUGCAGCUGCCGCCCCCCAGGCCCAGAGUUCCCAGCCUCAGUCCAUGCUGGACCAGCAGCGGGAACUGGCCCGAAAGCGAGAGCAGGAGCGAAGGCGCCGGGAAGCAAUGGCAGCUACCAUUGACAUGAAUUUCCAGAGUGACCUGUUGUCAAUAUUUGAAGAAAAUCUUUUCUGAGAGCACCUAGGUGACUUCUGACUUUGAUUUUCUGGCAAAACGUUGACUCUCCAUAGUGUUAGGGGCGGCAGCGGAGGUGGUAGCAGCGGCCAGGGCGAGUCUCCAGGCCUGGCCCUCGUGCAUGCUACGCCGGGGCGGGCCUGACGGGCAGCUGAGGACCGCAGAGCCCAUCUGCCUUACAGCCAGCUGGACGUCCCACCACCCUCACAGGACGUCAGCUCAGAGCACGUCUCGCCACGAGCAAGUGCCGGCCAGACCCAAGCCCGCAUCCCCGCGUGCUGGCAGAGGCCCUUCUCUCCGCCAAAUGUCUACACAGUAUACACAGGACAUCGUUGCUGCCCGCCACCGUGACUGGUUUUCUGUCCCCAAGAACAUGACGUUUAUGACGUCCUGCCCGCCGGGAAUCCUUCCCCACACCCCAGCCUCUGCCGCCUGCCCCCAGGAGACCAGGGCAGACUCGAGCGAGCUGGAGGCGGGCGAGGGCACCAGCCCAUCCCCUUGUUGGCACUGACUGCCUUGAACAGAUCCCACCCCUCCCCUGCCCCCACAAGCCUUUAAUCGAGAGCCGCUCUCUGUAAGUGUUCGCUUGUGCAAAAGGGAAUAGUGCCGUGGAGGUGUGUGUGUCCAUGGCAAUCCAGAGCGAAGUGACUGUCACACGCGUGUGGGCUGGCCUCUCCCGGCGAGUGAGGCCACCAACCAAAGUCAGUUCCUUCCCACCUGUGUUUCUGGGUUUUUUUGUUUUGUUUUGUUUUGUUUUUUUCUAUAUAUAUAUUUUUUGUUGGAUUCUAUUUUAUUUUUAAUUCUCUUUUCUCCAAACACAAUGGCACUGCUUAUCUCUGAAAUGGUGUGAUCCUCUCCUCAUUGGGCGGCGGCUGCCACCGCGCUGUGGGUAGUGUGUGACCGUGGCUGUGUAUAGUGAAACAUAGUUGGCAUAUCUUUGAAGUUUGUUGGUGACUCCACCAACUGGUGUUAAAAAACUCAAAAACCCACACAAAAAAAACAAAACACAAAACACACAAAAAAACUGCUUAUAUUUUACUCAGUUUCAAAGUUUAUUAGUCUAUUUUUAAUUAUAAAACCAGAAAGCUACAUUCUCUCUCCCCCACCCCAAUUCGUUGGCUUUUUCUUUUUUUAAUGUCAAAUCUGUUUGUUUUUUAACAGGAAAAGAAGGGCCAGGGGAUGAGGCGGGCGCUUGGGGGCCACAGGCAGGGAGGGGCAGAGGCUUCCUGCACGGUGCCUACCCAUCCAGCCAGCAGCCCCUUCCCCACCUUUUUUUUUAAUUUUAUAAUUUGAGCCCCUGGUGAGGUUAUGCGUGCCAUGAGAACCCACUCUACACCACAACGCUGGUGCCUCAGUGUUGGCCAAACUCUGGAGUCAGUGACUGGUUUGACUUUCAUACGGUGAAUAUGCAUUUCGUCUGUACUGAUCAUGGAAUAAACACAUCUCUCUUUUUUAAUGCUGGCGUCUCCCUGAUAUUUCUUUGUGAACCACCUGUUGCCUAGGCUAGGCCCCGGGGUCCCCAGACCCCAGACCACAUUUGUACAAGAACUCCCACCAGGGGCCACCUAGUCCAUCUCCCGUGGUCUGUGCCAUCCCAAGCUGCAGCUGUGACAGAGAGUCCAGGUACCUGUUCUUCCCUCCUAGGCAGGUGACAGUGCUCCAGCAGAACCUGGCCAGACUCCAGACAGUAUUCUCCUUCACCCUCUUCCUUCCUUGUACCCCACUCACCAGGUGACUCAGGCCACAUCGCCCACCUUGCCUGCCUCUUCCUAACUCCUUUCAUUUAAGCUCAGGGUUAACCAGAUAUUCUUAGAUAAGUGUACAUCCCCCCCAACUUGAAUCCUCACCCCCACGCAUGUAGACGCACACGUACACAUUCCUGCCCGAGAGAGCCCACCAGGUGGCUUCCAUGCCACCCUCCCUGCCUGUGUGCCCACCCCAAAGCAAGGGCAGUACCCAGGAGCAGCCCCUAGGAUGUAAAAUGAAAGUGUCAUUUACAUGUAUGCAGAGAUGCAAACUGAAUGAAACAUUUCUAGCACUGUUUAUUAACCCAUACCCCGCUUUCUUUUUCAACCAGAAAGGUACCAUGUAUUGUCUUGUGUUUGGGAUCUGCCAAACCUGGCUAGAGUGCAGUUCAGGCAUCCAGCCAGAGCUCCCCACCCCCACCCCACGUCCCUGCCACCCCUCCACACACACACACACACAGGCACUUCCUCAUAAACCACUGUGCUGGUUCAAGUGUGACUUAAAUUUUGGUUCUUUGGGGUUUUUUUCAUCUUGUCCCAGCCCCUCAUUUUUGUUCUGUGUUCCAAAACUUGCCCAGGCCAGGUCCAACUGUUUAGCUGGAGAAAUGGUUUGUCUGCACCUUCUAAAGAGUGAACUCUGCCAUGGGCCUCUCCACACCUCCCUUAUGAGUGUUUCUCUAACUGGGUUGUAAUUAGAAUUUGGAUCUACUAUUUAAUUUCUCUGGCCAUUUCUCAGUCCCUCCCACAGUACUAGAAAUCUUAGUCCUAUACAAGAGUGAGAGGUGUGUACCAAGCCCCCAAUGUACUGUAUGCACGGAUCGCUUGGCCAAUAAUUAAUGUCAGUGAAUCUGAGACUUGUGUUAAACACUUUAGACAUUUGUAGAAGGGAAUUCGUAGACUUUUCACUUAUAUACUAAAGGUUUUUUUUUUUGUGCAGUUCUCAUUGCAAAAAUAAACAUUUGUACUGAAUAUAAAAAUUA